AUGCAAGAUAUGGAACAAAAAUUCAUGGCUGAAUUGCGUAAAAAAGUAGAUCAAUUGAAGGAAAUGUCCACCAAAAAAACUAGCAGUCCCCAACAAAGAUCAAUGGUCAAGAGAAUCAAACAAAAGUCAAGAAAACAAGCACACGACCCAGAUUUUGAAUACCAACCAAUGACAAAAGCCAAAGAAGAUACAAGGAACAAGACACAAACUGCUGCUGAUGUACCCAAACCAACAGAGGGUACCGAUGAAGAAAAAGAAAAGAAGAAUGAAAAGAAAAAAGAAGAAAUCAAAACAGAGACAGAACCUGCUACUGAACCCGAGCAAAAAGAGGGUGCUCAUGAAGCAAAACAACAACAGAAAGAAAAGAUGCAAGAAGAUAUUGGCCAAGAGAAAGCAGUUGCUACUGAAACCAACCUAAAAGAGCAUGCCAAUCAAGAGAAGACACAACUUCAAGUAUUGGAAAGUGAUGAUGAUUUCAAGGAAGAAUCAAUCCAAAAGAAGCCACUCGCCAUUUCUUGCCGCAAAACAAACAAGAUCUAA